UUGAAUUUUAUUGAAAUAUGAACUUUUUUCUAAUUCAAAACGUGUUUUCGUAUAUAAUUGAAUCGUGCCUGAUUAUUUUAUUCUGAGAAUUUUAAUUGUCAUCAAUAGAUUUCCAUCAUCACUCGUUCUUUUAUACUAUUGAAAAACGUUAUACAAGAGUACAUAUUACAGACCUAUUUAUUAAACUUUAAUCUACAUUUUUUUUACUAUCUAUUCUUGUACAGUUCUAAAUAAGCUAUCUUCCUUUAGAUUUACUCAAGAAAUACAGACAUAAUAUCUAUUGAUAUGAAUACAUCCAAUUCAUAUUUAAUCACUUGUAUCAAUAAUACUACUCUGUACAUUUAUAAAUAUAUAUUUCCUGUACUUUAUAUUUUUGGUAAUAUCGGAAAUUUAUUAUGUCUGCUGAUCUUUUUUAAAAUUUCUUGGAAAAAAAAUGUUUGUGUAUUUUAUUUUAAAAUUUAUCUCUUAUUCAAUAUAUGUUAUAUAAAUUCUACUACAAUUGGUCUUAUUCUUAUUAAUGGAUUUAAUAUAUAUCUACAUAAUUAUAAUAAUUUUUUAUGUAAGACAUAUUUCUAUUCAGCAUUCCUUUUUGAUACACUUUCACCUACUGUUCUUAUUCUUGCAUCUGUUGAUCGUCUAUUAAUUUCAUCUCAAAAUGUUGAUACAAGAUUAUAUAGUUCGAAACGUUUAGCAUAUUUUUCUAUUACUAUAAAUACAUUAUUCUGGAUUAUUUUUAAUUCACAUAUACUUAUUAAAGUAAGCGUUCAACAAAUUUCGCCUACGGACUAUAUUUGUUAUUAUAAUUUUUCAAAAUUUUAUAUUGAUUUUGUUGCUUAUUCAUCAACAAUUAUUCAUAUUGCAUUUUUUCUAUUAAUGAUUAUUUUAUGUAUGUUGACAUUUAAAAAUGUUCGUUUUAUGCGAACUGUACCACAUGAAAAACGACAUCAUAUUCGAUCAAUGACAAAUAAAGAUUUUCAAUUACUUCGUUGUUUAUUUAUUCAAGAUAUUCUCUUCAUUAUUUUUGUAAAUGCGUGCCUUUCAUCUGUUUCUAAUGUACUUUUCACUUAUUCCACAGUUAAAUUAAUAAAAGUACCUAAUACAUCAAUUGCAUUAGUUCAUCGUCUUCUUCAAUUACUUAUUUUUGUUUAUAUAAUUGGUUAUAUCGUCAUAUGGAAAAAAGGAUAUCAACAAUUUCAAGAACCACAUGGUACAAGUAUCAUUAAAGUUAAGGGUAUUGCAAGAGUUGAUGGAAAUAAUACAUUUUUUUAUACAAGUAAAUAUCAUUUAAUUCG